AUGGCCAUGGCGGAGAAGUUCGACUCCCUGGAGGAGCACCUGGAGAAGUUCGUGGAAAACAUCCGGCAGCUCGGCAUUAUCGUCAGCGACUUCCAGCCCAGCAGCCAGGCUGGGCUCAACCAGAAAUUGAAUUUCAUGGUGACGGGCUUGCAAGAUAUUGACAAGUGCCGGCAGCAGCUUCACGAUAUCAGUGUGCCCUUGGAAGUUUUUGAAUACAUAGAUCAAGGCCGCAAUCCUCAGCUUUACACCAAGGAGUGUCUAGAGCGAGCUUUGGCUAAAAAUGAGCAAGUAAAAGGAAAAAUUGAUACAAUGAAGAAGUUUAAAAGUCUGUUAAUUCAAGAACUGACAAAGGUGUUCCCAGAAGACAUGGCAAAGUACAAAGCUAUUCGAGGAGAAGAUCCUCCUCCUUAGAUUGGCCUUUGACAGCUCGAAAGAUGUCAAUUCCAUAGACUGACACCAUUCUAAAGAAACAGUGAUUGUAGAGAGGGGGAAUCCAAGCCUUCGUAACACCUAUACUAAAAAUGGCAGUGACGGGCUGUAAAGGAGCUUGAUCGCUGAUGGUUCUGGUCUGAAGCCACUGAAUCUUCCUGAAGACUUUUGCUCAUAGGUUGCAGUUGAAACUUCCUAUGAGGAACUGUUUUUCUUUUCUGAAAGGUUUUGGAGAUAUAUUUGCCUGCAGGUCAUCAAUACAUAGCAUUUCCCACAAAGUGCAUUUCC